AACUACGAAAUUCAAAUUUCAAUUUAUUCAUUAUUGUUCGAAGAUAAAACAAUUCUAAACGUCAACGUUUGUAAUUUUUUUACUUAAUCGAUGGAAAGUUUUAAGUCACGUCAAAUACAUACCCAAGUUUGUAUAUUAAUUGAAGAGUGAAAUGUUAAGUGGUUGUGCGAUUUGACAUUCUUAAAAAAACGUAACCAUGCUCAUUUAAUUAUGAUAUCGUUUGCAUGUUGGAAAUAAGACGAAGAUAUUAUGUAUACACUGUUCCAUGGGCUCUACAAAUAUUUGACUCAGAAAGAUGAGUUUUGGGUUCUCAUACUUGGUCUGGACAACGCUGGUAAAACGACGUAUUUGGAAUGUUCAAAGACAAAGUUCAAGAAAAACUACAAGGGUAUCAAUCCUGGUAAAAUUACAACGACUGUUGGCUUGAACAUUGGCAACAUUGACAUAAACAGAGUCAGCUUGAACUUUUGGGAUUUGGGCGGUCAGACAGAACUACAGUCGCUUUGGGAUAAAUAUUAUGCCGAAUGYCAUGCUAUUAUAUAUAUUGUGGAUUCAUCUGAUCGAGAGCGCAUGGAUGAAUCAAAGAAAACAUUUGAAAGAAUGAUAUGCAACGAAAACUUGGGUGGCAUACCACUUUUAAUAUUAGCUAACAAACAAGACAUUCCUGACUGUAUGGGCGUUCGAGAAGUAAAACCAAUUUUCAAUCAGAAUGCUCAUUUGAUUGGGAGAAGAGAUUUUAUGGUUAUGCCAAUAUCUGCGUUGACUGGUGAUGGAAUUGAUGAAGGAAUUCAAUGGCUAGUUCAAUCAAUUCAAAGAAAUAUAGAAGUGCGUCCUCCAAAAAAUGCUGAUGAUUAUUGAAGUUGUGAAAUUUCAAACUAUAAAUAUUAAGUUAUUGAAUAAAUUACUUUUUUCAUAAAAUAAAAUGUUGAUAAAUGAUUUUGAAUUUAUUUUAUACCUAUUCAACAAUAGUGCUUUGUACCUGUAUUGUUAUGCGUUUGAUAAUAUUUUAAUUUGUUUUGUAGACGAAAAAUUAUUAUUUUCUUUUUUUUUUAAAKCGGUGGAUCAUUAUUAGAUGUAAAAGAUUUUCCAUUUCAAAAUUUGUAAAAUAAAAGGAAUAUUGUUAUUAAACUGUUAAAACCUAUUUUACAAAUGAAUAUUAUAAUGAAUGUCCAUUUAACUUGUUUAAUUUCAUAUCUAAGACAUUUUAUA